ACCUUCGGCGUCACCGCCUACCUUAUCCGCGGCUUUCUUAUUCUAGCCUUGCACCCCAUACAUAAUCCCAUCUAUCCCUGACCGUUUCCAGUCGCCCACGCCACCCCCUACUUUCUUCCUGAUACCAACCCAGACGCGGGUUUGUUUCCAUCUCUCUUUCCCUUCCUCCUCUUCUACUCCAUUGAAACCCCCUCAUCACCCAAACAAGAAGUCUAAAACCAAACCACCAACGCUCCAAGCAUACUCUCCUCCCUUCUUCUUCCACCAUUACUCCCUUCGCCAUCUUCUCUUCUUCGAAGGUCGAACAAAUACAUGAUGGUGCACCACCACCGCAGCUAUUUCCAGCAGCUAAGAAAAGGCGAAGCGCAGCAGCAGCAGCAGCAGCCAGAUUUCAUGGAGUCUCACCACUUCCCUUCGUUCAUGUACCACGACUACUUUAAUCUCAGGAAGUCGAAGCUUGCCGCCCUCCGUGUCCUCUUCCUCUUCUCCCUCCUUUCCUGCAGCUGCUUCUUCGGGCCUCGACUCCUCUUCUAUUCUUUAGGGACGGAAUAUGAGCCGGUACUCCAAGCGAGAAGGGAAGAAGAGAACAGGGGACCGGUCCCCUGUUCUUCGAUUGCCAACAACACCAUCUGCUGCGAUCGCACCGCCUUUCGGACCGACGUUUGCUUCAUGCGAGGCGACGUUCGGACUCAUUCGCCCUCCAACUCCAUCCUCCUCUUCGGCAAUAGCUCCGCCGCCGCCCCUUCCAUGGAGGAAAAGAUCAGGCCUUAUACGAGGAAGUGGGAGACCAGCAUCAUGGACACCAUCGAUGAGCUCCGCCUACGAACCGCCUGCGCCGACGACUUGGAGAACCACCGCUGCGAUGUCCGCCAUGACGUUCCCGCCGUUGUCUUCUCCACCGGUGGGUACACCGGCAACGUCUACCAUGAGUUCAAUGAUGGCAUCAUCCCUCUCUACAUCACCUCCCAGCACUUCAACCGGCAGGUGGUCUUCGUCAUGCUCGAGUACCACGACUGGUGGAUGACCAAGCACGGCGAUGUAGUCUCUCGGCUCUCCGACCAUCCUCCCAUCGACUACUCCAACGAUCGGAGAACCCACUGCUUCCCGGAAGUCAUCGUCGGACUCCGCAUCCAUGAUGAGCUCACGGUGGAUUCCGAUAGAAUGGAAAACAACAAGACCAUAAUCGAUUUCCGCCAGCUGCUCGACGAGGCCUACACACCUCGAAUCAGAACAAUUGUGAGGGCGGAAGAGCAGACGAGCGCGCCGUCGCUCAAACCAGCGACAGAACGGAAUGUUCCUUCGGCAAAAGAGAAGCCAAAGCUGGUAGUUGUGUCGCGAAAUGGAUCGAGAGCGAUCGAGAACGAGAGGGAAUUGGUGAAACUGGCCGAAGGGGUCGGUUUCGAGGUGAAGGUAUUGAGACCUGAACGCACCACCGAGCUUGCUAAGAUUUAUCAAACGCUGAAUUCGUGCGACGCCAUGGUGGGAGUCCAUGGGGCGGCGAUGACGCACUUCUUGUUCAUGAGGCCAGGAUCGGUGUUCAUCCAAAUAGUGCCGCUGGGGACCGACUGGGCGGCGGAGACAUACUACGGCGAGCCGGCGAAGAAGAUGGGGCUGCGAUAUCUUCCGUAUAAGAUCCUGCCGAGGGAGAGCUCAUUGUAUAGGGAGUAUGGAAAGGGCGAUCCAGUGCUGCAAGACCCAGAGAGUAUGAAUGCCAAGGGGUGGCAGGUGACCAAGGAGGUAUAUUUGGAUGGGCAGAAUGUGAUGGUGGAGUUGGCUCGAUUUCGAAAGCGUUUAUUUCGAGCUCAUCGGUACGUACUCUCGAGGAAGACAUCCAUCAACUUGAAGCGGAAGAGACAAUCUAUAACAUGAUUCAAUUUAUUUAUUUUUUUUGUAAUCACACACGUAUUUUUUCACCUUUUAAAUCUUAUAUAUAAAGAGAAAAACCAGUGUACUUAAUCGAAACUGUUCUGAUUUUGGAUUGAGGAUGGUGGUUGUGUCAUAUACAGUCCUGCAAACUUUCUUCUCAGAUGAAUCCAAUUGUUCAUUCGAA